CCGGGCCCAAAAACGGCAGAGCUGCGUAUUGCCCCCGGGACCUAGCCGAUUUAUAAGCAUGGCUUUCUUAUCUCAGCCUUGUUCGAUCCCAACAGUUAACAGAUUGUUGCUGUCACUGUCCGGAGCUCGCAGUCCCCAUCAUCGAAUUGCUCUCGCUACCAGCAAUCUUCUGAAUGCUGGACGGUCAAUGUUUGGUACACAUUUCGAUUUCACCUAAAGUCGCAUUUUCGCUACCACUACGGCGGGACCACCACCAACAUGGACUCCAUCAACAACAAGAAGAUCGCAGUCUCCCACCAAGGCGCCGGGAUGGACCGCCAUGACAAGCCCCCUCCACUGGAUUUGAGCCACCACUACUCGGUCGUCACGAAGCGGCGAUUGCCCUCCCAAAUCAAGCAGGCUUACAAGUUCUUCCAGAUCCCGGGCAUUUUGAACAUUGCCGGCGGACUACCCAAUGUUCAGUUCUUCCCCUUCGAUACGCUGGAAGCCCAGGCAGCCAAGCCAGAGCGCUGGACUCCUUCGCCCAACCAUCCUGGCGAGCCUGCUGCCUCGGCCUCAUCAGAUCCCGCUGCGGCCAACCAUCUUGCCGUACCAAAGACGCUGCACGAGACCGACCCGUUGAAGAAGAUCGACCUCUCCACGGCUUUGCAGUACGGUCUUGCCCAGGGUUACCCCCCCCUGCACUCGUGGGUGCGUCAGUUCACCCGCGAGAAUCUGCACCCAGACACACCCUACCGCGAUGGGCCCGAAGUUAUUAUGACUUGCGGCUCGACCGACGGCUUUUCCAAGACGCUGAGCCUGCUUGUCGACCAGUGGACCAAGGGCGUCAAUGACAUCAGCCAACGCCCCGGCCUCCUGUGUGAGCACUUCGUCUACAGUAACGUCCUCAGUCAGUCCCAGCCCUUUGGCGUCCAAAUCGUCCCGGUGAAAUCAGACGCUUCCGGCAUGGCAGUGAAGGGCCCUGGUGGACUUGAAGAUGUCCUCGCCAACUGGGAUUCGUCCAAGGGGAAAAGACCGAAUUUGAUGUACACCGUCACACUUGGCCACAAUCCCACCGGCAUCGUCCUGUCGGUUGAGCGCAAGAAGGAAAUUUAUGCCGUCUGCAGCAGAUUUGACGUCAUCAUCGUCGAGGACGAGCCCUACUGGUAUUUGCAAUUCCCCUCGGCCGCCACCGAAGAAGCCAAGUCCCGCGGCCAACCCCUUCCCCCCGCCUCACAACCGCCAACACUCACCCCCAACCGGUCCUCAUCGGGCUAUCCCUUCCUCGGCUCGCUCGCACCAUCCUUCCUCUCUCUCGACACGGACGGCCGCGUCGUCCGCCUCGACACCUUCUCCAAAACCGUCGCGCCGGGCUGCCGCCUGGGCUGGAUCACCGCCCAACCCGCCUUCAUCGAGCGCUUCGAGCGCAUCACCGAGUCCACGACCCAGCAACCCUCAGGCUUCGUGCAGGGCCUCAUCUCGGAGCUCGUCCUGGGAUCCUCCGCGCAGAACCAGCUCGCCAAAUCCACCUUCUCCCGCCUCUUCUCCUCUCCCUCCUCCUCCACAAACCCAAAAUCCUUCACUGGCUGGGACACCUCGGGCUUCGUCCGCUGGCUGGCCGGCCUGCGCGGAUCCUACGAGCGGCGCAUGGUGCGCAUGUGCCGCAUCCUCGACGACGGGUCAACCCUCGUCUCCGCCUCCCCCCUACACCCGUCCUCCACCUCGGAAUGGUCCCCCCUCGCCGUGUCCCAGACCAAACUGUUCACUUACUCCUGGCCCCGAGGGGGUAUGUUCAUCUGGCUGCGCGCCCACCUUGAGACCCACCCACUGUGGCUCGUUCCCUUGCCGAACCCCAGGUUCCCUGUGCUGAACGGACCGGUCCUGUCGGCCGCGUUGAUGGUGUGGCUGACGACCAAGCCUUUCCGCGUGCUGGUCACGACGGGGAGCAUGUUUAGCGCGAAUGAGAAAAUUCGGAAAGAGGAAGGGUGGAAGUACUAUCGGAUUUGCUUUGCGGCCGAGGCCGAGGAGAACGUGGAUCGCGCCGCCGAGAGGUUCGUGCACGGGGUGCAGGAAUUCUGGAAGGUGAGGGAUUUAAGGGUCGUGGAGAAGUUGUUGGGAGAGCUCGGGGCGGAUGGGGAGGUGCAGGCGGUUGGGGAGGAUGUGAGCAGAUUGGGUUGGUAUAUGGGAUGCUGAAGUCCACGUGUCUGGUCAUUUGAGCGAAGCGAGAUGUGAACAAUCUGAACUGUAGUCGUCAUGACGGAUAUUCAGGUACUUGCGAUCAUAUCCAUACCUACUUGUACUUUGCAGGAAUUUUUGGGGGGCCCAGUUCUCUCCUGAUCUCGUCAAACUGCUCUAUCCCG